GUACUAGUAUUCCGCUGUACACAAUAACAGUCAUAUACAAUGGCGGGCUAAAGUUUACUCAUCAAAAUUGUGACAUGUUUUCAGUUGGAACUUCAAUAUUCUGGCGGUUAUCAAUAUUCCAUGCCGGCUGAACUAACAAGAACACUUUUUUUUGUCACCACGCUUUAUGUCUCCGUGACAAAUGUUGCAAGACACGACCUAGACAUCCUUUUGGUGUUCCUGCCUGUUUCCUUCCGAUGGAAAAGCGAGGAACUUGGUGUCCGGUCCUCGUCAUUUGAGGUCAAAACGCAUCAAUAUUUUGAAGAGUUGUGUGGAAAAUUUGCAGUGUAUUCACGAGUGUAUAUAUUGUGAGGCUGAAAUCCGUAGUAUCACUCCAGAUUGGGAUAACUUAAAAGCAUUUGUUCAAGUUUCGACGGAAACAGCCGCGCACGUGAAAGAAUUUCCGAGGUCUCCUUACGAUGGGUGAGAGUCGAGACAACUCGAAACAAAAUGAAACUAUCGCAAGCGUUGUUGGAGAAUUUUACUGUGAGCUCUGCAAGCUCGAGUUCUCUACUAAGGAGAAAAUUUUUUUUUCCUCAGGAGCUUGAAGAGCAUACCUGGACAAUUCUUCACCAUGGAAAGCUGAACAAAGCAAAAGGAAGGGAAUGUGUUCAUGAGUGCUCACUAUGCCUAGAGCAAUUCUAUGAUUUGUUGUCAUUCACAAGUCAUCUACACAGUGACACACACCAGGAGAAGUACAACACAUGGAAUAAACAACAUAACCCUGUUUCCGAAUUACAACAUAUUGAGAAUUUAUCACCAAGCUCCCACUCUGGGGCCAAGAAAGUGGGUAACUCUCAUACUGAAACUAGAAACAAAACCAGCUUUAGGGAUAGAAGAGGGAAGCAGUCAAACCAAAGGGGGCAUCAAAGACAUCACUCGUAUGGCCUGCGUCAAGGAGUACAUCAGGGAAAUAAAGAAACAAGUUCCUCCCCAGUAGAGAAUGCCUCUAGAAAUCUAAGGGCUGGUUCCAGGCUAUUAGAAUACUGGUCAAAUAAUAGCGGUGAUUUUACCCCAAAAUAUUGUGGUAAUGGAAGGAGGUAUAAUGGCAAACAAGGAAAUGAACUUGAUUAUUCGAAAGAUACUUAUGAAGCAUCUAACUUUUAUGCAUUUGAUUUUCCUAAGAAGAAUGACAAGUUUCAUUGGGUGAGUCCUGAGCUGAAGGCAGACUUUAGAGACAGAGAUGCUAAUUGCAAUCUUGACAUGGGGCAUUCUGUUACAUUUCAGAGGCCAUUGUGCGCCUUGAUGGAUAUUGACUUGGCAUCCACGAGACAAGACUUUGUUUCUCCUGGGACAGAUAGAAGUAGUGUUGUCUCUAGUGAAAGGCAGAAAACAUUGGAGUCCAACAAUGCAAGUGAUAGGAUUUAUGGACAAUGUUCUUUCCAAAGUAAUGCUCAUUUAUUCCUCAGUGAAAAAGAAACACCACAAAAUAAUACUGAUACAAAAGAAUGUUCCUUAACUAAAAAAAUCAGUUCAAUUGAGGAGGAUUUAUCUGAAGCUGACAUCAAAGUUACUUGUUUAAAUUCUAAGAGCACACAUGGUGUAAGCAGCUCAACAGUGACGUGCUCUGCAAGUUCUGUGUUAAUAGGAGGCACUGCAAUAGAUGCUUGGACUGGAAAUUUGAAUGGCAGAAGUAAAGAGGCAGAUUUUCCAAGACUGACUAGCUUUGCUGUUCCAGUGUCAGAUUGCUCAACAGCUCUGUCUGAGGAAAGAGAGGAGGCUUUGAGAGCAAAAUUGGGAAUCAAGAGAGAGCCAAUGGAUCGCAAAGAGGACUUCUCAUCAUGCAGUUCUGAGAAAAUCCAGGUCAAAAAGAAACCUGGUCUAGAUUCAAAGAACGAUGCUACGCCUCAAGAGUCUCUAACCCUCUGUAGCUUUCUGCAUAUUGAUGGAGUACGUUGUUCUGCACGGACCUCUGCGAGAUACUGUAGCUAUCAUGAACGUAUCCAGCCGACUGCAUCUACCAUUCCACAGAGGUCUCCCAGUGCACCGUCCUCUUUGACCACAACGGGACUUGUCAAUCUAGAUGACACCUUGCCGUAUAAACUCGGCGAGAGAAGUAAAGACUCUGCUGUACGGCGCACGACUACUGAUAAAAAAAAGUCAUACAGUGUUCUCCCUGAGAUGUCUGGCCAGCCAGCUCAUACCAGGACAGGGAGCUCCUUGGUGGAAGAGCAACAGGCGGCAGAGAAGGUUACUACUAACAAAAUGCAGAUGAUAGAUCUAAGCUAUAGCACAAAGUACCUCUCGCAAGCCCAUUCUCUGGGUGUAGGGACAAGGUCAUGUGAUACGAACACUAAAGCUUCACAUGUUGUUGAUCAAGACUCGAGUGUAGGCGCUUCACUCAGACGGGAACACGCAUCAGAUAGAUUUCAUGGAAGAGUGUUUGUCUCCUCGAGUAAGGGUUCAGAUACUGAUGUUUUGAGAGAUACACUCUCUUUCAGUACAGCCAAAGGCGCCAAGGAUUUAGUGUCAUGUAGUUUGACUGAUGACGUUGGAGAAAGGAAUCUAACUCCCUCUGUAUUUACCUCUCCUACUUGCAAAAGCCCAUUGCGUAGUCCUGAGGGGGGCAAAUCACCUAACUCUUUCGGCAUUUCCAACAUGGAUUUAUGCAAGCUGAACUUACCGCCAAACAUCAAGCGUGCACUCUCCAUGAAGUACUUAAAAAAGAAUUCUGAUGCUGUGGCGCCAAAUCUGAGCAGUGCUAGAUCGCGCAUAGAUGUGCCUAGAAAACCGUCCCUUGAAAAGGAGGAUGACCUAACCAAGAAGAAGAGAACGGAACCAUCAAUCCUAGACAGAGCACCACGCCUAAACAGGAGCUCGAGUCUUGAUUCGUUCCCAUUCCGGCGGUUUGCAUAUGGAGAUUUCUCCUCAUUAAUGGCCAACAGGAACGAAAAAUCUGUAACAGCUAGCGCCGCCUUUUCCAGUGUCCAGUCACUUACAGAGCUCACCUCGACAGCUUUUACUCAGCCUUUUUCUAGCGACACACCUUCCACGGCUUUAUCUUCAAUCUCAUCAGCCCAGCCACUUACAAGUUUGAUCGAACUGAGUUCUACUCAAUACCUCAAAUCGACACAGCCAUCUGAAGCCACUACUCCCUUUCUUAAAUCAACAGGAUCGUCUGAAAUCACUACUCGGAACUUCAUGUCGGUUAUGGAUCCUGAAUCUGAAAUCGCUCCUCAGGGCGUAACAUCGGUAGGGGAUUAUGAAACUUCUCAGUCCCUCAAAUCGCCGAAUACAAUGAAACCUAGACGUACGUAUAAAGAUCUGAAAGCCCAUGCAACAAGAACCCAAAUAUUACCCAGUAAGCCGUCGACAUUUGCUUCGUCCUUCCAUCCGGUAGCAUCAAGAUUCGUAGAAAUAGCUCCCAGGCCGUCGCGGCAUGCAACAAGUACUGCAAACUCCCUCCAACGUCAUGGAUUACUAGACCUUCAAUCUUCCUCUCUUUCGGGCCUUGCUUCACGUCAGAUGGACCCUGUAACGUCCAGAUACGUUAACAUAGUGCGCAAGCCAUCGCCACCGGAAGUAAGCAGUUGUAAUGCGAACUCCCUUCAGCGUCAUGGAAUUCUAGACCUUCAAAGGUCCUCGGUUAUGGGUGUGGCUGCUCACAAGGUGAUUCCUCCUACAGAGUCUGCUGACCCACUUCUCAAGCAUGGCCUUGUUGACCUAACAUCCGUGAAUGUUACUGAGAUCCCUGAAGUUCACCGUACUGGUCAAACCACCCUCGAGGUCCUUAGCCCUAAGAGGCAGCUGGAGGAGGAUGAAGAGGAACGUUCCAGCAAAAAAGCCAAAUUAGACGAUGAUCAGAAUGUUGACCUUUCGAGAGUCACCUACACCACAGGAGUAGACAUCAUGCAGUUACUCAUGUUGGAGAAGGAGGAGCAAGCUCAGACGAAAGUGCUUGAGCGAACGCGAAAUCAAAUCCAAGAAACAAACGCAAAGAUGCACAAGCUCGCGGUUGAGCUGGAAAGACUUCAAGCAGAGGAAAAAUGUACGUCAAAAAGUAUAAAUGAACUCAAGGAAAGGAGACUAAACAUCCUGCAAAGCGCGCUGCAUUGUCAGGAAGGCAAGAACAAAAUAAUACACGAAGAUGACGGAAUUAAUCCUAAGCAAGAUUUGUCUCUUCUGUCAGAAAAACCAUCCAGUCCUGGGUCUAGUCAUGUCGGGAAUUUUCAGGGAAUAUGCGAUAAAAUGGAUGUGGACGGCCCUUCGCAUAAUAUGCCUCAUGAUGAGCAGCAUUAUCACAAGCAGGAGGCUAUUCUUGACGAGAGUGUGGUCGUUAAGAUUGAAGUACCCGACGAGGAAACCGCUGCAGAAGUUGCUGCUUUGAUAAACCCAGAACACGGUAUGCUGACGUUGGUGGAUCAGGGCAUUGAAUCAGCAACAGUCGAGAAAUUGGACCUACAAGAAAGUGAGCACGGGAAAGGGCCUAGUACCGAGGAAGGGACGUGUGUUUCUGAUGGUAUGGCGAACAGCGUAGCUCCACCCUCGGGAGAGACAGAAACAGUGCCAAGCCCUCCUGUAAGAGGAACGAACAGAGCAAAACAAAUAACUUGCCCUCCGAAAAGAGGUUUAAGAAAAAGUCCAAGAAAGCUACCUGUAAUUCGGCAAAGAAGUAGUAAUGAUAGUACUAAGCCAUCACAGGCCUCGGAUACAAGUGAUAUUGGGGGUAAAGCUCCUCGAAGCCGGGUGGAGUUGAUUGACAAGGUAAAAAACCUUCACUCUGCAAAGAAACUUCAGUCAGGAAAGAGGAAAAGUUUUUCCGAUGUUGAGGUUUCCAACACGAUAGCUUUAUCACGAGAACGAAUUCAGUUGGUCCGUGAUAGAAUUAAACUGUGGAAAUCUGAUCAAGAUGGGGCUUUGGCAACUGCUUCUGAAGCUUCCGAGAAGGUUCUGCUGACAACUGCAGAAAAGACAUCACUUAGGCCGUCCUCUACUAAUUCGGACACUGAUACUACGAUGUAUUAUAACAAUACCCCCUUAACGCCUUCUAAAGUCCCCGUCCGUGACGUUACGGUUCCUGUCCGCGAGUUAAGGAAUUCAACUCGUAAGACUACUAAAGAGCUGAAAAAGUCGAGCUUGCAAAAGUCGAGAAAGAAUUCGCAUGACGCUAGAAAGGAGCCGAGGGAAGGGUCGAAACGGAAAGCAGACACAAAGACCGAAAGCUCAAAACAAGGAAAGAGACAAGCACGCAAAAGAGGCAAGGAGAAAAGGAAUUUUAAGCGAAGGAGCUCGAGCAGAGGCACCCCUACCCCUGUCAGUAUUUCAGUUUGCGGGAACAGCCCAUCAGAAGAUGUAAAGAAAAUGAAUGCCCAAGAGGGUUCUACAAAUUCAGAGUUGUCUACUCCUGUUGCUCAUGUUGGACUACCGACUGCGGCCGUCGAGUCUCUGAAGAAACAGCUUCAGCGCAAGUCUCGAGUCCCAACCAAGUCCAGCUCUGAAUCCUACUCUAUGUUCAGUGGACACACUGGGGCCGUGUGCGCCAUCAAGGCCUGUGAUGGCUACCUGUACACCUGUUCUGCAGACAAGACGACCAAAGCUUUUGACAUCCAGACUGGAAAUUGCGUGAAAGUCUAUGAUGGGCAUCACAAUGCUGUCAACUGCCUUGAGAUCUCAGAAGAUCGGACACGCCUGUUCACUGGCUCCAACGAUCAGACCGUACGGAGUUACAACGUGAAGACGGCUGUUUGCACUCACAAGUUCACAUUCCACGGCCGUGUCAUGUGUCUUCAUAAUGCAUUCGAUCUGUUGUUUGUCGGGCUGAACACUGGUAUCGUCACACUGGUCGAUCUUAAGAAAAACGCAUGCGUCGAACGGCUCCACUGCCAUGACCCCAGAGGUGUUAGUUGCCUAGCAACGGCUACUGAGGGUCAACGGAAGCUCCUUUGCACGGGCUCAUUUGACGCAACAAUUUCCAUUCGAGACUCCACGAGCGGACUUCUCAUCAGAACAAUAAAAAGCCACACGAUGACGGUGCUGUGUUUGCAGGUAGUGGAGAAUUUCAUUUACAGUGGUGCGGCCGACAAUCAAGUUCUUGCGCACAACCUCAACACUGGCGAGCUGGUGCGUAGUUACAAAGGGCAUACACUGAGUGUCAGCGGUCUGCAGGUAGUCGGGCGGGUCCUUGUCUCUUCCUGCUUGGACAAGCUGAUUCGCUGCUACGAUCUCGCGUCCGCAGAGCUGCUUCAAGUCUACGGCGGUCACAAGGAGAUGAUAUUUUCUGUUCACAUGUUCAACGGCAAGGUACCGAAACAAACUUAUAGGAUCUACAGUGGAGCUCGUGAUGGUAAAGUGGUGUCAGUGAAAUUGGACCUCCGAGUGUAUCAUCAGUGCUUGUGGAAAGACUGCAAUCUCAAGUAUGGUGUGAUGUCACACCUGACAGACCACGUGAAAGAAUCCCACAUCAAACAAGGCGAUCUGACAAGCUGCGGAUGGGAAGGAUGUGACGGAGUCUUUUCCUCUGAUUCGAUCCAUGAGAAGCUGGAUAUCGCCAGACACAUACUUAGUCAUGUAGAGUCACGUGGUAGCGAGAAGUGAGAGUCGACUGUUAGUCAAGUCUUCUCGUGGUAAGCUCAAAAGAUGGCGCACUCGAUGUUAGCGCAAUCAAUGGCUGACAGUUUACUCGCGGCUUCAUAGACAUAUAGUCAUGUAGACGUCACAUUUUACCAAGAUAUUAAAGCUCAGUCGACUGUUAGUCAAGUCUUUUUAUGGUAAGCUCAUAUAGAUGCCUCGCUUGAGGACUCGCGAUGUGAGCUGGUUGUCACAGGAGAUAAACUCUACGUUGAGGAAGGCUCCAAAUAAUACAUUUUUAUGCCUCACGGUUGGUUUUAACACAAUGAGAUUUGCAUGCAACGUCUUCACAAAUUUAUUUUUUGUCUUAACUUAAUGUUCAAGAAUUUAUUGGUAAAGAUUACCAGGAACAAAGGUAUAGGGGAGCUCUCGUGCUCAAGAAAUGUAUGAAACUUGUUUUAUGAUAUAUUAUUUUGUAGCUAGAUGCGUUUGAAGAACGAUUGUCUCGCAGCAUGCCAUAUUAUUUUAAAUAGAAACAUGUGAAUACGUUAUGAAGAAUUUACAUGAAUAAACGUGAGAGUAACUCAG